ACCUGCACAGAAAGAAAAGGGAGGAGUUCAUGGUACAUGCUCCGUAAUCUUCGCCGAGGUCGCUACACCGGCUACAGUCUGACCAGCAAGGUCGACGGCAAAAUAGUUUCAACUGCCAAACGUCCUUGAUCCCUUAACGAAGAAGGGAAGAAGGGAAGCAUAGAGGGAGAAAGAGAGAAAGAGAGAACGAACAGACGCGAAAGAAGAGAGAGCAAAAGGGUUUGAUUAUCGUGUCUCGCGCUAAAGAAUCGAACACCGAGGGUCAGUCGAACACUCGUCAAAAACUUGCCUAACAUUUUCCUUUUGUUGAUUAUUACGAGUUGAUUGUGUCACAUCGAAUUGGUGUGUUCAGUGUCAAGUUUUCAAACGUCGCGAUCACGGAGUUAUUGACACCGGGGUUAUUGAUGGUAAUUAAUUCUCGAUAGGAUUAAAUGACAUUUUCAAGGAGUCUAUCUUGAUUUUCAAAAUAAAAUCGAACAUUAUCAUGUUGCUGCAACGAUUACGCUGGCUAUUGCCAGCACUAAUCGUAUCUUUGAUGAACCUGCAAUUAAGUGCGCCUUUACCGUCUCAUGAUGAACGUUCGCACGUACCUGUGAAUACAUUUGAUCCUAGCGUAGCUACUUCCACAAUGUUCCGUCAGGACUACAACAAACGCGUGCAUCCUCCGAAUGGCAAAAACAACACGCAGUCCAGCCACAAACUGGUCGCUUCACCGGCUGGACUUUUGCGGCCCGACAAGUUUCAGUUUUAUACUUACAACGACAAAGGUGAUAUGAUUACGCGGCAGAUGACCGCUCAGGAAAUUCAAGGUCUCAUCGCUGCAGGUGGUGCGGAUCACGUCGCGAUAGACAGACAAGAACCUCAAAAAGCCGAUGAUGUUCUCACGGGCGGAAAAAAGGUCAUGGAUGUAGUACAGAAGGUACAGAAUGUGUUGAAGAGCGCACUCGACAAGCCACCGAUCUUAACGGGUUCGAUACCCAAGAUUCCAGAACACGCAAACGUCGAAUGGAGCAACAUUCUCCCUUCCAUUCUGUCCGGCGAGACAGAUGCGAUUUCUCCAAGCAGUGAAUCUAAUCAAUUAUUGCAUAAGAUUACAACAGAAAAGAUAGAAGCGUUGUCGACUGAAAGCGCGAUGAAUAUCAGAACUACUCUGAAAGAUCCGACGACGAAAAAGCCGGCGAUGUCAGACAUUCAGACGAAUGUUUACGCUGGUUUUACGAAUAACAUGCAGCCUAGCGAGAAAUUGCCACUUAAUCAUUACUCGCAGCAGACAUCGGCGCCCGAUGCUAUCACGGAGAAAGCAAUGAUUCCAGUCCCAGUUAUCACUUUGACGGAACAAAAAUUAUCUACGUUGCAUUCCGCCAUUACUGAAAGUCCGAUCUUCCAAAUGCUUAGUGUGAUUCCGGUUGAGAGUACUCAUAAAACAAGUCAGACUGAUUCGUAUGCAGCUGAUAUCGGUGCCGCCAGUUUCGCUCAACCGUCCACUCAGACCGAAGGAUUUAAUCAAACGGAACAAUUUAUCGAGAUAACUCUGUCGGAAGUACCUGAAGCUACAACAUUCUCGCAACCGGCGAGCUUAGAUACGCAUCUUGUAGAUAUCACAAAACAGACUACUAUAAAUCCUGAUAACCAAGCAAGUCAAGAAAUAAAAAUUCCGGUGAUUUAUUCGACGAUUAUACCGAGUAUAUCGACGAAUCUUCCUAUUGUCGAUACAAAGCAGGCUGUAACGUACGAUGAAUCUGUCGAAGUGACCAAUGUGGCUGACAAGAUCUCUUCUUUCUCGAAUGCAAGUUACGUUCUUAUACAGAAUAAGAACAAUACGAAACAAUCUGAGGAUUUUUCAUUCAUACCCGAGAUUACGAAAGAAUCUCAAAUGAACGUAACGCACAAUGAUGAUAAAAUAAUCUCACAAGCUAAUAGCGUUAUCUCGGAACCACUUUCUCACGCAUCCGUGUCUAUAAAACCCGAGGAAGCUGCGUCUAACAAAAUCGUGUUGCAGUCACCAUCUACGUUCGCCAGCGCUUCGACAAUCGAGGCCUCGACUAUUCCAACUUUGCUGUAUACGGAUUAUCAUCGCGAUGAAGGUUCCUCAAUGGUUACGAAAGAAUCAUUAAGUCCGGUUACGUCAACGUACACAGAAAAUUAUCUCAAUUCUCAAUCUCCAACUGAGAUCCAAUCUUUAGGACUGAUGGAACCGCUACCCACGCAGUUGAUCGAUUCCUUUUCGAAUGUAAUGAAUCAAGUUUCGGAAGUAAGACCCGUCGUAUUAUCUCUAUCGGACGAGAUGCCGCCGGAAAUAUCGAUCAUGAAUAUUAAUUACGAUCGGAGGCACAACGUGUCUGAUUCAUAUAAACCCACGAUCGCGAGUGCAGAUACAUUUAUGUCUUACAACACAAACGAGACGAAUGUCGAACGCGUUAGUACGCAAACUUACGUAACCGUUACUACAGAAAUUCCGUCACAAGACGUUACUACUAGGUUUAUUGACUACACUAUUACUCAACGGCCUGUCAAUGCAAUAAAUAGAGAAUCAAUCAAUGAUGCUUCCGCGAACUCUUGGACUACGGUGACAACAUCGGAAGCUUCGAUUAAAACCGAAACGACGAAUAACGAAGUAACGGUUAAUAAUAUUUUAACCACGACGCCAGCUGAAUCGAAUAUUGGAUCGGUCAGUACAAAGACGGAAUCAACGACGUCUUCCUCGACCAUAUGGGUUCAGCUCGAAAAGACUUACGACGGUUCGCCAGGAAAUCAGACCAAGACUCUCGCGACUCUCGAAACCACCACUGCUAUUAACGUAUUGCCUUUGGAGAAACAAGCUAUCGACCAAACUAUAGAAUUACCAGAAGAUAUUUUACCUGUCACUUCGACAGUACUUGAUGUAGCAUCUAAAACGCAGUCGACAAUUGCGUCGAAUGAAUCUUUGAAUAAACUGACCAACGAAAAUUUCGAUAAUGUUUUCGCAAACUUAAAUUUGAGCAAUCCAGUGUCCGCUAUCGAUCAAGUAUUGAAUAAUGCACCUCUACCGCCUAGUACUCCUGCAAUUGAGCCGAUCGGUUUACCGAGUGACACGACGAAUUUUGUAGCUAGUGAUUUAGCGAGUAGUCUUAUCGCCGGAUUUGCAACGAGCACGUCGGAAAGAUCGUCCAUCGAAGAGACUAGCGAGAAUCAAAUGGCUAAAAAUGCAUCGAGUGACACGACGAAGUUUGCAGAAUCCACCGAAAGUAUCACUAAGAUGCACGAAGGAACUGUAGAAUUUAAUGUAAAUGAGUAUCAGGAAGAGAAAAAUAUUAUUCAAACGUCAACGCAAAAAACAGUAACGGAUCCGGCUAGAAACGGCACGUUAGAAUUCUAUCAUGCUAUCAUGCAGACGAAAGAGUCAGAUCAUACAUUAAAACCAAUUAAACUGUUAAACAGUAAUGAACCGAGUAUCGAUGAUUCUACGAAAGUAUCUUUAUCCACUUCAUUAAACAAAUUCGCGAAUGUUAGCGACGAAUCAAAGGACAGCGUUGGACUGAGUACAAUUACUGCAGAAGUUGUCACUGCAAAUUCUGAGCAAUCGUUAAGUAUCAAUACAGCUGUGCUCGAUACAAUUAAUAAUCAAAAGAAAACAGAAAACAAGGAAAAGGUGAAAACGACAGAAGCGCCCGUUGUAAGGACGGACGAGAGUCUCGAAUUACCACAAUUACCUGUAAAAAUUGAAUUAAUUGAUUCGGCUAACGCGAGUAAUAUCAAAAAUUCGGUAAACGCUUCGGUACACGCGGAGAGUAGUCCAAAAAUAGAAAAGUUGGGCGAAAAGAAUGAAUCUUUCUUGAAUACUUCGUCAGCGACAAAGGAGACUAUUGCAGUUCACUCCGCUAAUGAUUCCAAUUCCGAGUUCUAUAGCUCACACGAAUAUAUUAAUAAUGUCACGACGGAUACCGUUGUUUCGAACGUUACGUCUAAUGCCCCCAUGUCAGAUGGAAAUUCUGUCAAUUCUACGUUUUUGCAAAAUCGCGUUAGUAACACAACUAAUAAUAAAAAUAAAAAUAAUGUGAAUAACAAUAACAAUAAUUCUUCGUCUUCUCUAUCGAUUCAAGAAUAUGCGAAUACCGAUCGUCCUAUUAUCGAAGUUGUGACGCAGAAAUUACCAGGGAAUGCAAGCGAGAAGAAGGAAGAACUUUCUCAAUCAAAUCUGAUUAAUGGUGCAAACAAUUUGAAUUCUGCCAAUAACACAUUGAAUCAAAAUAAUAAAAAUGUGACACAGACUAUGUCGGUAGUCAAUACGAAUAUUUCAUCAACAAAGGACACGUCGACAUUGCAGACUAAUUCAAAUAAUACAGAGAGUAAACCCGCGUCUGUGAAACACUCCGAGAAUUCUUCGAAGCCGGAAGUAAUGCGUUUGCCGCUAUCGACACCGCCAUCGAUCAUGUCAAAGCCUACGGUUGGUCAUAAACCGUUGGAGAAGUCUGAAGUCUCGAAGACCGAAACGGACGCGAAUGCGGAAGACAAAUGGACACUUAUAUCGCAAAAAACCUCACCGACGAAGCCGCUGAUGCCGCUGAGAAAACCGGUCAAUAAUGUCCAGACUCAAUCAUCGUCCAACUCGGAAAACGAGAGUGCCACAAUUCGUUUAUCGGGAGACGAAACAGGGGUAACUCAUCAGCCAGAUCAGCAGGACCAGCUAACUUCGACACAAUCCGUGCUAUCGCUCUGGGAUGCGUCGCAAAGCGCGAGCGGAUUAGAUGUCACUAUAAAACACACGAGCACCGAUAUCAUCAACUUCGCCCGACUGUGCAAUGAGCUAGCCUUCAAUUUCUGGGUAGCUACCAAUAAAGGUCUAAGUACUGCGAGAUCGCUGGCCUUGUCGCCGUUCGGUAUGACCAGUCUGCUGGCAAUGAUCUUCCUGGGCGCGCGUGGACCAACGUCCGAUCAAAUGAACGAGGUGCUCGGACUGGACGACGUGGCUACGUUCAAUCCGCACUUGGUGUUCCAAAAUAUAACCGACACAGUGAGCUUGGCCCGCAGUCAAGGUAUCGCAAACGCCGCCUUCGUUCGUGAGCUCUUCGCCGAUAAGAUGAAGGUCAGGAAGCUUAUGCCCUUUUACAAGGAGCAGGCUCAACAAUUUUACGAGGGCCUCGUAGCCGAGGUAAACUUUGCUACCAUCAGCGAUCUCGUUCGCAGAAGGACGAAUCUGUUGGUCAGAAAGCAGACGGGUGGUAGAAUCAAAGAUUUUGUCAAGACGAACACUGUCCCGCUCAGAUCACCGCUGGCGGCGCUCUCCGCCAAUGUAUUUCAGACCGAUUGCAAUAGCACUCUAACCAGUUCCGUCGGUAGAGAUGGCGAAUUAUACUUUGCGGUUUCGCCGGCUGUCAGGCAGAGGAAACUUGUGCCGGUCCCAGCUACGACUUGGCGAUCAGGUAUCUUAGCCGGCUACGAGCCCAGCAUUGACGCUACCGUGGUCGCUCUUGGCGGAAGCGACAAAUUGGUUUCCACAAUUUUCGUGUUGCCGGGUCAGCAAGGUCACACCGCACCCGGCGACACGCUGGAUCGCCUCGAGCAGCGUCUCGUUAGAAGCGCCUUCCGCGAUGGAACCUGGAACAAGCUCCUCAAGGUCCUAAUACCGCGAAGUGGCUUGGAGCUGCAAGUGCCUAAAUUCAGUCAUAGAUCUGUCGUCAACGCGACUGCUGCCUUGAAGAGAAUGGGUCUCGACGAACUCUUCUCGGGCAACGCCGAUUUCAAGGGAAUCAAUGGCGUAGGUCACCGUCUCUAUUUGGCCGAUGUAUUGCAGAUGAACCUGUUCAGUACCUGUGGUGAUGAAAAUAUUCUUAGCGGUCGGCAUCAUGUAGAAACGUAUCCCGCGAGCCCAUUAAGAAGAAGUAUCAGGCGACAAACGGAAGACACCAACAAUUUCGGUAAUAUCGCUGAGAACGACGCGUCGAGACACGGAGGCAUAAUAUCUUCGCAAGAGGACCACAUGGAUUCAUUCUACGCGGACCAGUCGCGUAUGGAUCGGUUCUAUAGAGAGAAAAGACAGCCCUCCGGAUUGUCGGAGAGACCGAGGUUAAAGCUCGACAGGCCCUUCUUAUAUUUCGUUCGACACAACCCUUCUGGCAUAAUAUUACACAUGGGACGUUUUAAUCCUCGAUUAUUACCUUAGAAAAA